AUGUCCACCCUCCGCAGUGGCUCGCCCACCCCCUCAGCCUCCAACUCAGACCACUCCCUCGCCAAGCGCAAGCCAGACGACGGCCACAACCCCAAGCCAGCCAAGAUCUCCCGCCCCGCCAGCAUCCAGGAGCUGCCCUUCGACCCCUUCAGCCCCCACCCGGGCAUGUCCAAGGAGGAGCGCAAGCUGGCACGCAUGAUCCGCAACCGCACUGCUGCCCAGGCCUCCAGGGACCGCAAGAAGGAGCAUGUCGCCGAGCUCGAGAACAGGGUCAGGGAGCUCGAAGAACAGCUCCGGAUCCUGUCCAGGCCCCCGCCAGCGAUGCCCUGUCUGCGCCCCCCGGCCGCACCAUCCCCGUCCCCAGAGACGGACAAGAAGAUCGACCCCCAGCUCAACAGGACCGCCGACCACCACCCCUCCCCGACGAUCUCCCCCGCCCAGGCCGAGUAUCUCUCCAAGGUGCGCAUCCAUGUGCUCGAGGAGGAGAACAGCCAGCUCCGCAGCCAGCUCGCCUACGAGCUCAAGAAGGCCCAGCUACCCCCGCUCAGCGCCCCGGACGAGCACCGCCCCCAAGGCUCCUCGCCCGCCAUCGAGAUCGACCAAGGGAUGAUCGAGAUGAUCCUGAAAGACGACGAGAUCGACAAGUCCCUCCACUCCCCCCAGCUGUCCAUGGACUGGGACUCGCUCCUCCUCGACCGCCCCGCGCCCUCGCCGAGCAGCUCGCCCACCACCGAUCGCCCGACGAGCAAGGAACACCGAGACUCCUCGCAUGACGACGACCGAUUCGAGACGAUGAUGACGAUGGCCGCGAUGGAUGAUACACGAUGGAACCAAGGAACGUGGCCGAGCCCAUCCGGCUCGCCGAGCGACCCCCGCCCUCCGACCCUCGCUCCCACUCGACCAGAGACUCCUCCACCUGAUCAGCAACCACAGGCUCCCGCGGAGCGGGCCCUGUCGGCGCUGUCCCCCGCCGCACACCCCGUCCCCCCCGCCCCCCACCCCCGCCUCGUAGCACGCGAGGAUUCCCUGCAGCGGAACGGUGGGUCGGCGGGUCGGACGGCCCGGCCGGACAGCUCCCGCAGAGCGCCCUGCGUCUCCCCGGGCUGGGCCCGGCUGGCUGGGCCGACGGACCUCGGCGGAGACGGCCAUCAUGGCCUGUUGCUUGAUCUCGUGUUGGGUGGCCUGGGAGAGCAGGACGAGGCCGACGGUGGGCCCGCGCCCGACGAGCGCCCCUCCUGUCCCGACCCCUUCCUCCUCCACCGCCAUCAUCCCGACCAAGAAGACCUCUUCAAGCUCGACGACUGGGGCAUCUUCGGCUUCCCUAUCGACCCCAAGCACCCCCGCCCCCCCUCCGCGUCUACUCUCACCCACCCCCCGCUUUCCGCGUCCCCUCCUUCGCCCGGCCUGCUCCGGAUGGGGCUGACCACCGCCCCCGAUACCGACCCCUUACGCUCGAACUUCGCCGCCCAUCACAGCCAGCUCCAGGCGCUCUUCGAGACCGACAAGUGA